AAAUGAUUUUAUGACGUCAUUUUUAUUCUGGAGACUAUUAGAGAGUGCACUCGCUACAUUCCCCUGAACGGAGUCAGUAACACUGGCCCUUUGUAGGGAAGAGAGUGUAGUGCACUUUCCCAGUGUGACACUUUAGCCUCUCUCUCGAAAGCGGACUUUGCACCAGGAAGUGUUAGAUAAAGUCUACACAAGUCACAUAAGAUUUAUUCUGACUGCAUCUGUUUAUUGUUUAGUAAACGAUCAUGGAUGUUCAGAAGUAUUUAUCGCGCAUCGGCUGCUCUGUGUGUCCGCACUCUCCGACACUGGACACUUUGCGUUUUCUUCACCUCCAACACAUGCUCUCGGUUCCUUUCGAAAAUCUGACCAUCCACACCGGACAGCGCGUGCACCUCGAGCUCCCGCUGCUCUACGACAAAAUCGUGUUAAAAAGACGAGGCGGAUUUUGCUUCGAAAACAACGGGCUUUUCUCCUGGCUCUUGUCGCAGCUCGGGUUUAAAGUCGAGAUUCUUUCUGCUCAGGUAAAGAAUCGGUUCACCGGAGUUUACGGACCUCCGUUUGACCACUUGAUCAUCAUGGUGACCAUUGACGGGGAAAGGUGACUCUGUGAUGUGGGUUUCGGAGCCGGUUUCCAGCUCCCUCUUUCCCUUGAGACGGACAGAACUCAAACUCAGGGUCAGGGCGUGUACCGGGUUCGAGCUGACGGAAAUCUGCUUUUUAUGGAAACUAAGUCUGAGAGUGAUGACGGAGCAUCCUGGGUGGAGAUGUACAAGUUCACCCUUCAGCCAUGUCAGAGAGAGGACUUCACAGUCAUGUGUGAGUACCAUCAGACCUCCAGCAGCUCGAUCUUCUUCUGCAAGUCCCUCUGCACCCUCCUACUACCAGACGGAAGGGUUACUCUGAUGGGCCGCAAUCUGAUUAUCACCCAUCUGACUGGUGAGAAUGGACCACCAGUGAAGACCACCAAGACAGAUCUUACUAAUGAAGAAAUCCUCCAGAUACUGAGGGAGAAGUUUGGAAUAGUGCUGAUGUCUCCACUGAUUACUAAAGAUACUGACAUUGUUCCCCCAUCAGUGGAAUAUUAAAUGAUACAGUGUUAUAUGGACAAAAGUAUGAGGAAUAGAGACAUUGCUGUUUAUUUCUAUCACACAUCAGUAAUCCCUACCUCCUCUUGGACCACAGCAGUUUGCAAUACAAACUAUUUUUUUAUUGGUUAAAGAAUGACACAUUCUAUGUAAUAUUGUGAAACUCUUUUUCUCUCUUUUGUAUGAACAGUGUUUCUGUCAUUUUUACAAUAAAUAGUGAAUAAAAAAAUGUAGCUUGUUACAUUGGAACUGUAGAGUGCUGAUACUGGAGACUCCUUCCAACAAAACUGCUAAAUUAAUAUCUCUAUAUAACAUGUUUAUUAUUAUGCUUAACGCUACAAGUCUCUGUGUAAUCUGUUGGUAUAGAAAUGUUAAUACACUAUAUUGCUAAAGGUUUUGGGAUACCCCUCCAUAAAUCAUUGAAUUCAGGCGUUGUUUUUCAGGGUUUGGGCUCGGCCCCUUAGUUCCAGU